AAGAUUCAAAAAUCGAUAUCGGCGGGCUGCUGCAGCGGGGCUUUCUGUGCUGUUCUGAUCACAUUGAAUUUGUUUAUUUAUUUACAUUGGUGUAUUUAUUUGUCUGGCAUCCUUAUGCCUGUCGCGAUGAAUGACCUCGAUGAUGUGGUGCUGCGUCUAGCAGCCACUCGUGUGGAGUCCAGUGGAGUGUCUUUUCAAGGAAAGGGUCUAAAGUUGGACUCCGAAGAUGACGCUAAAGAAGUGUUGGAGGCAAUGUCCAAGUGCUCUGACCUUACAUUCCUGAAUUUGGAAGGCAACACUUUGGGUGUGGAAGCAUCCAAGGCAAUAGCGAAGGGACUUGAAACACACCCAGAGCUGAAGCGUGCUUUGUGGAAGGACAUGUUCACUGGGCGAAUGAAAACAGAAAUCCCAAAAGCUCUGCAAGCUCUUGGAACUGGACUCAUGACAGCUCAGGCCCGCCUUAUUGAGCUUGAUUUAAGUGAUAAUGCUUUUGGACCAAUUGGUGUGGAAGGAUUAGCUACAUUACUUCGCUCACCACCUUGCUAUUCUCUCCAGGAGUUACGACUGAACAACAAUGGGCUAGGAAUAUCCGGUGGCAAGAUGCUUGCAAAAGCUUUGCUUGACUGUCACAAAAAUGCUCAGGCAGCUGGAGAAAAGGGUUUAGGUUUGAGAGUAUUUAUUGCUGGCAGGAACCGACUAGAAAAUGAAGGUGCUACAGCUCUUGCAGAAGUUUUUAAGGCUGUAGGAACUUUGGAAGAAGUUGCCAUGCCUCAGAAUGGAAUUUAUCAUGUUGGGAUAACAGCAUUGAGUGAAGGAUUACGUCAAAAUCCGAAUCUCAGAAUUUUAAAUCUUAAUGAUAAUACACUCACAGCCCGAGGUGCUGCAGCAAUUUCCAAAGCUUUGCUCUUCCUCCCUGGUCUUCGUCACCUGAACUUUGGAGACUGCUUGCUAAAAACAAAAGGAGCUCAGUUCAUUGCUGAAGCUCUUACAGAAAAGCACACACAACUUGAGGAAGUCUAUUUAAGUUGUAAUGAAAUAGGCCUGUCUGGAGGUCUUGCUGUUGUUAAUGCCCUGGCCAACAAGAAGAACUUAAAGAAGGUGGACUUGGAUGGAAACCAAUUUGGUGAUGAAGGAUGUGAACAAAUUUGUGAGGUGCUACAAGGUUCUGGUCACCAAGAAGAUAUUUUAAGUCUAGAGGAUGAUGAAGGUGUUGAUGAGGAUGAAGUAUCAGGAGAUGAGAAUGAAAAUGAGGAGGAGGAAGAUGAAGAGGAAGAGGAAGAUGAGGAUGACAAAGAUGAAGAUAAUGCUGAUGGCCAUGGAGAAGUCCAGGCUCCUCCACCUAUUCCAGUGCAACAGUGCACGGUGCGUCAGUUCUUAGAAACACCUACCGGUGAAAGACUCUUGGCUGUGACUUCUGAAAAACUUCUUCAAGAAGCCAAGUAUUUAUCAGACGACUGUUAUUUGGAGAAAAUGUUGCCCAUGCUGAUGAAGGUUUCCUCCUUAUCUACACACAGCAAUGCAAAUGUCCAACAAGUUGCUCUGAAAACAAGUGAAGCUUUGUCAAGACACUUGUAUGGGUGGGCCAGUCAAGGAGAUUCAUUCCGCUCAGCUCUAACAAAUAACGCCCUGCUUGUUCACCUAGGUUUGAUUAAGAGUGAGGAUAAAGCGUUAAAGGUCACUUGGAAUUUGGAUGGUUGCUUAAUAGCUUUGGAACAUAGCAUUAAGCAAAAUGUCUUUCCUGAAAGCACACAACAUUUACUUCGGUUCUUCCUUGAAAGGCCAAACUCUCUCGCCAUUCUUCCUGUCACCAAGCAACGGAUUUUGUCAAUUCUUCCAAAGAGCAUUGCCUAACAUAUUUUAGCAAACAUGGCUGAAUGCUUUAGACACAGCAAAAUAAAGAACAUGUUCUGAAGCCUCGUUAUUGGUCAUAUUGACUCUCGGCACUGUUGGGAAAUUCAAGUCAACACCCUUAUUUAUUUAUUCUUCAAGCUUGUUUCCUUUGUGCACAAUGAAAUAGAAAGUGAUUUUAUUUUCCCAUCGUUUUUGUCAAUUUAAGAUGUGAAGGAUUUUUUAAUUUGAUUGUGAUGUAUCCUAAUUCUUACCUACCUAGUACUGCCUAGAUGAGGUGGGUGUUCGAGAUGCAGUUUUGGUGCAGUACUUAGUAACUUGCAAACCAUAUCGGGACUCAAAUAUAAUUUUAAAACGGGAA